AACGAGGAAGCAGGUCAUCAGUCGGUGAGUCUGUUCCCACAAAAAGAUUCAUGUUCAUAUCUCGAAACCAAUAAUCCGUCUCAUUUAUCACGUAUCAAUUAUCGAAAGCAAAGAUUGAAGAAUUUUGCAAUAUUAAAAAGAAUGAAAAAUGGACAAAAAUAA